UUCUUAAUUAAUAUUUGCUAGGUAUAUACUUGUAGUAUUUACUCAUGGAUUAUUAUUUAUUAUAUAUUUAGCCAUGGUAUUUACUAUUAGAGAAUAAAUUAACAAAAUUAAUUCUUCGUAAUCGCAUAGUGGUUAGUUUUUAAACGAAGUGUAUAGAUUUAGAAUAACUGUAUUUACAAUAAUGUUUACUGAAAAUAAUAUUGUUUUGUUUCAUUUAUGGCGAUUAUAUUGAUCUAUUAAUAUUAAAUUUAAAACAUUUUAAAAAUUUAUUGAAAGCAUUGCGUUUGGGUAUUUAAAUAGGUACACGGAAUGUAUUGUUGAAAUAAUAAGACAAUUAGAAAAUCAGAUUUGUAAAAUGGAAAAAAUUGCUCUUUUUGAGACUUUUAAUAUCAGUAAAAAGAAUAAACAAGUAAAUGAAAAAGAUUAUAAUAAUAUUAUGGAUUUAUUGAAUGAAUUAUCUGAACUUGAUCCAAAAUGUUUGUCAGAAGAUGAUUAUGAAAAAUUAAUUAAAUAUUUGCCUUUAUCACCUACUCAUAACAAUCAAGUUUUAGCUGCCACAUGUAAUGUAAUUGCUUCAUUAUGCUCAGAUGACUUAGCGAGACAUCAUUUUGGAGAGAAAAUAACUGUGUCUACUGUGAACAUAUUAAAAUCACUUACAAGUUGUAUUAAUAAAGAUAAAUGUAUUCAAGAAUGUUUGCUUCAGACAUGUCGUGCAGUCGGAAAUCUUUGUUAUUACCAUGAGGAAAAUACUAAGUGUGCAUUAAAAGAAGGAUGUCUUUUAAUUACAAUAGAACUUUUGAAAACAAUCAAUAAUGAAAACAUUCAACCUGUUGUCAUUGGAUUAUUAUUAAAUUUAACUCAUCUGGAUGAUUACAAUUAUAAGUUUCAGGAUAAUAUGAUUGAAGAAUUAAAUUUUUAUGGAAUUCAAUACAUGGAAUAUAAGAAUAAUAACUAUAGAUUUUAUAUAAAUUUGGUAUCAGUAAUGAUCAAUAUUGUUAGAAAGUCCUCAAGUAACACUAAAAUAACAGAUUAUGAAAAAUGUUAUUUUAUUGAUCGUUUAUUGGAAACACAUAAUAUGCACACCAAUGUUACUUCCAUUUGUAUUAAAUUCAUUAAACAAGUGUCUAAAACUUAUAAUGUUUAUAAUUGGAUAUUAAAAGAAAAACAUAAAACAUUAAUAGAAGUAUUAGAUAAAUAUGAAGAAAAUCAAGAAGAAGAUCCAAAACUUAUUGUUAAAAAAAUAUGUGAUAUCAUUAUUUUACUUUCCAAUGAUGAUGGUUCUAUGGAAAAAAAUAAACAACUUGAUGUUUUAUAUUUAGUAGAAUGGCUACUUAAAAAACUAAAUUCUAAUAAUUUAUACGUGAAGUUGUCAGCUGUACGGUCAUUGGGAAAUUUCAGUAGAUUUAAAUAUGAACCAAUUCAUACAAGUCCUGCAAACAUUAUAAUGAAACAUAUAACAUGGUUUAUAAAUAAUUUAGACAAAUCUAUCAAGGAUAAAAAUUCAUUGAUGGAAGUAUCUAUACUUUGUUUGUUUAAAAAUCUUUUAUAUGUUACAAAUUUUGAAUCUGUGUACGAGAAUGAUAUAGAUAAAUUGAUUAAAACCACUAUUGAUGUUCUAAACCACACAACAUUUAAUCCAAUAGUAAUGAAAGGCUUGGACGUAAUAAGAUAUAUCAUAAAAAAAGGCGGCAUCAGUCAAAAACAACUUGUUUUAUACAAAAAUUCAACCUUUAUCAAAUUAGUGACUACACAUUUUAAUAGUGAUGACGAAGACAUUAAAAUAUUAGCCAAAAAAUUACUUUUUUCAAUUAAUGAGGAUAUAAUAUAUGAAUCUGAAAUUGUUGGAUCAAAAUCUGCGGAAGACAAUAAUAUACAAAUUAAAGACAAAAUUUGAAUAUAAUUUUUUAAUAUACACCAAUAAUACUAUGCAAUUAUUUAUUUGUUGAGAAACCAAAUUGAAUACAUUAAAAAGAUUUGGUACCAAUCUUAUAUGUUACAAAAAAUACUUUUUAAACACCAUUAUUCUACUUACUAAUGAACUUAUAAUUUAAUUUUGUUUAUUAUGUUGUUAUACUUAUUGAUAAAAUUAUAACUAUGUAUAUUCAACCUAACUAAUCAAAUUAAAUAUUUUUAUUUUCAUCUAAAAUAUCUGUUGCACAAUUUAUCACGUUCUAAAAAUUUCGGAUUUAAAAACCUGUUAGAUACUUUUAAUAAUUUAUUCAUGUGUAUUGUGCCAAUAAAUAAAUUGUACUUUUAUAAAUGUAAUAGAUUAAUAUUUAUUUAUUUUUAUAUUUUUUGCGACAAAUAAAAACUGUGGGUAUCACAUAAUAACUAAUCCCUUAAUAAUUUUUAUCAAAUAUAAUUUAGAAAACCUGUUUAUUGAGUAAUUAAUUUAUCAAACAAUACUCAUUAUUUCAAAAUCUAUUAAUUUUUUUAAAAAAAUAUAUAUUUUUUAGAUUUUUACUUUUUGAAAUGACAACAUCCAUUUUUAUAUUUGUUUUCUGGAGUAGAAUAUUUUCAAAGUAUUUCGAUAUAUAACCAUUAAAAUCAGGAAAAGUAAUUAAUGAGUUAUAUGAGUUAAGUAUUUAAAGUUAUGGCAAGUGAAGUGGAGAGGUAUGAAGAUACCCCAUAAAGUGUUGGUCAACUACUCAGAAACCUCAAACUUUAAAUACUUAUAAUCUAUAAGCUAUUCAUUCAAAUCACAAUUUUUAUGUAUUGAAAUACUUUAAAAAUUAUUCUGCAAAAUUAUUUUGAUCAUAUCUUUUGAAACAGUUUAGUUUUGUACAAAUAAUAGUUAGGUCAGUGAAACAUAAAUUAUAUGCUUUAAUUAAUCUUGAUUGAAUGCUGACUUUCUAUGACAAUCUGUAUAUAUCUUAAUUUUUUGUGGAGGUAUUAACAAAUUACAAUUCAAAUUGAUAUUUUUAUAAACAUAUCUUUAAACAAAUAUAAUUUAUGUUAUUUUUAUCAAAAUGUUUGAAGUGACCUCCAUUAUUAGCAAUACAAAGUUAAAGAUUUUGGACUCAGCUAACUAUUCUUAUAAUUUUUAAUACCUUAGGUAUAUUUAGUUCAGUUUUAUGAUGAAGAAUAGAGAUCAGGUUAGAACAUCUAUCUUCCUAUGAAGUACUCAUCUAAUCAGCCAACCUUAUACAACAGGAGGUAGUCUUGCUUAAAAAUAGGCUCUAUUUUCAUAAGCGCAAUUCGAGGGGGCUUGGGUAUAUACAUAGCUGUAUUUAUUGUACUCUUAUAAAGUAAUGACCACUUACCUAUUUUUCUUAUUAAUAAAAAUCUAAUUGUGCCUAGAGGUGUUUUUGGAAGAUGUUUAAAAUGUGUUGUUAUAAUAAAAAUUGGUAAGUAAAAUAUAGAUAUAUUAUAAAUCUGGGUAAAGGUCACACAAACACAUUCCCAUUCAUUAAAAUAUUUCAUACCGCCACUACUUAGAGAUUACGUUAGAUGGUCUCUUAUGCCAUCAGAAUAUUGACUAGCUGAAAUACUUGCGUUUGUUUAUGUAAUAAUAUUAUUUAUAAUAGUUUAUCGCUAUUGUUAGUAAUUAAUUCAGAAUGAUAUACAAUAUAAUAAAUGAUAAUUCAUAUUAAUAUACUUCAUUAAAGAAAUUAUUUCCAAAUUAAAUAAUAAAAUCUUUAAGAUUAUAAACGAAAUAAAUGGUAUAACCUUUCUGUGUGCUAAGAAUUAUGCUUAUUGUGAUGUAUUAUUUAUUAUGUACAUUUUAGGGAGUCGUUAUUUCACACAUAAAUUCAUCACUGUUUAAUAAUAUUGGUUGGUUCCUGGCCUAUUCUAUGUGACUAAGUAGUGCCCAAUCAUUAAAUGUAUUGUCAAGUCUUUCAUAACCUGUAUCUAUUCUGUUAGCAGCAAUUGUUAAAUAAAUUGUAUUUGUAUACUUAAGCCUCCAUGCACUAAUAAUGUACAAAUAUUUUUUAAGACAUACAACUAUAUAAUAGGUUCUAUUCUGUGCUAUAACUAAACAUUAAAGAAUGAUAAUGGGGUGCUCAAUUGUUGGGCUCUUUUAUUGACCUGACUUUUUUUAUUUAUUUGAUUAGAUUUUAGCACAUGACAAUUACAGCUCGAAAAUUUUAUUAUUAUUAAAGCAAUACAAAUUAUGAUAAAUUGAUAAAGUACAGAAAAGAAUAACAAUAAAAAAUAUUAUUUUUAUAUUAUAUUCUUUAUACUAGAAAUAAUUUAUAUGGCAAAACAACGUUUGCCUGGUCAGCUAGUAUUCUUUAUAUUUAUUCUUGUUACAAUGUUACUUGUGUUUUUUUAUACCUAUAUAGUAUAUAUAUUAUAUUUUUAUAAUUUAUUUCUUUAUUCAUUUAAUUUAAUUUUGUAAUGAUUUCUCGUGAUGUAUGUUUACAGGCUAGGAUUGAUAUCUUUUAGAAGUGGGAUCAAAACAUUAGUUUACUUUUUUACAAUUAAUAAGCAGUGUUAAAACUUAAGUUUUUUAAGUGUAGAUAACUUCUUAAUUAAACACCUAAUAGCAUUAAUCAGCAAACAGCUGUAGCGGGUCGAUAUAUUUUACAUUAAAACAAACAUUCAACUCAACCAAAUCAUCAGAUUUCUCUACCAAUGUAUAUAUAGGCAUCCAUCUCAAAAAUUGAACUGUUAUAUAUUAACACUAGGUUAGUCAACUAAUCAUUAAGUUUAAUUUUUACUUUCUGUAAUUGUAUUGGGUAAUGGGCAUUGAAAAUUAACAGGGUACAAAAUUAUGAUAGCAAUUUACACAAAUGAAUAAAAAUUUUUAUUUAAGUAAAAAUAUGUCAUAUUUAUUUUUAAUUGUUGUAGCUAAUAUUAAAACAUAACUAAAUGUAUACUAUUUGUAUUGCUUAUGUGAACCAUUAAAUUAAACAAUGUAUUUUUAAUUUAUUAUACAUUUUUAAAAAUUGAAUAUUAUAAUAUAUUUAUUUUAAGAUGUGUAUAAUUGCGUUAAUGUUAUAAAUUGUUUAUUUAAAAUGUAAUAAAAAAAUUAUUAAAAUUUAAGAAA